UUUUAAUCCAAAUUUUGUACAUCCUUCGCCGUCGCAGUUCCCCCCCUUCCCGGAUCCCUCCUCCCUCUUCCACCUUUCGUCGCAGUCCCCUCCUUCCUCGACAUCAUCCUCCCCCUCCCUUCUUCUCCCUCCUCUCUCUUCCCCUCGUUCGUUGCAGCCCCCCGCCUCGUGGUACGUGGCAACACCCUCGACUCCACCCACCCUCUUCGCAGCUCCUCCCCUUCCCCGACACCAUCCUCCUUCUCCCCCUUCGUCGCAGCUCCUCCCCCUUCCACGACACCCAUUCUCCCUCUCCGGUUGAAAAUCUUGAUAUAGUAGGUUAUUGUAUGCGAUCUUGGCAAUUGAUGUGGAAAAUCUUGAUAGAGUAGGUUAUUUUUUAUAUUCUCUGAUUCCAGGUGACAUGUUAGUUAUUGGGUAUGCUGAUCAUCCUUUUGACACCAUUAAUUUUAAUCUCACAUGUUUUCAUUUUGUUAUAAAAUAUUUUCCUAAUUGCUUAUUUCUUUUUUGCCCUUGUUUUCUGGAGGAAAGGAAAGCUAUAUAGUGUGGUAGGACUAGUAGAUAAUCUUCUCUUUAGAAUAUGGUAUAGUUUAUUUUCCUCUUUGUUUGACAUUUCAUUAUGUUCUUGGUACCCGUCCUUUUAGGUUUUGAUGUAUGUGGUCGCCCAGUAUAUUUUUUUUAUUAGAAGGUAGGCUUUAUUGAUUUACAUAAGAUUCUGUGGUUGGUUCUCUGCGACUUUAAUUAUUUAUCUUGUGCUGAUAACAAACUUGGUGGUCGAAAUUUUUCGUAUUGUUCCUCUAUUAGAUCUUAUAAUCAAUUUCUCUCUAAUGUUGGCCUUUAUAAUCUUGGUUUUAUGGGUCCGAAGUACACCUGGUGUUAUAUCGCCAAGGUAGUCCUAGGAUCUGGGUUUGUCUUGAUCUGGUUUAUGCAAACUCCAAUUGGUUAAAUGUGUUUGAUAGCUCUGUUGUUAAGCACUUGCCUAGAGCUAACUCUGACCAUUGUCCUAUUUUAUUAUCUAUUACCUCUCAACGCAUGCAUUCAUGUAGAAUUUUUAAAUUUCAUUGUUUUUGGGUUGAGUACAAUAAGGUUCGUGACGUUCAACAUGUUUGGAAUGUUGAUUCUUGUAGUGGGGUCCGAUGCAGGUCAUUUCGGGUAAUUUAGGUAGGCUGAGAGGGUUUUUGUCCUUUUGGAAUAAAAACUAUCUUGGUGAAAUUGAGGAUGCCUUAGGUCCGCGACUUUUUUUGUCAUUUCAACCCCUUCCUUUGCUUGUCUUAUUAAUGGUUUAUCUUUUCAAUAUUUCAAGAGGGAGAGGGGUAUCAAACAAGGUGAUCCUCUUUCCCUUUAUUUUUAUAUCAUUGUGACUCAAAUUUUGACUUAUUUAUUGAAUGAUUCUUGUGAUAAAAAGUUGAUCACUCUUUUCUGUUUUAAGAGAGAAUUUAAAGUAUGCCACUUAAUAUAUGUGAAUGAUAUCUUACUUUGCUUUUGGGCAAACGAACGGUCUUGUGAUUCUAAUAGACACAUCUUCCAUGUUUAUGAGUCUCUCACUAAUCAGAAAAUCAAUGUCUUUAAAUCUGAAAUUUUUUUCCCUAGGAAAACUAUUAGGGGGGUGAGGCGUGAGAUUUGUAAUAUGUUGUAUAGAGAGGGCCAGUUUCCUUUGAAGUGUCUUAGAGCGUUGAUUGCACCUAAGAGAGUUAGCAAGUCGGAUCUUAAUUGUGUUUUUCAAUCGAUUAUUGACAAAAUUGGGUCUUGGUAGGUAAAUCUCCUUUCACAAGCUAGUCAGCUUAUGUUAAUUAAUUUUGUUCUCAAUUCUAUUCUGUCACACACAAUCAGUAUUACUUUGAUGCCUAAUUCUAUUCGAGAUGGGGUAUGAAGUCUAUUAGAAAUUUUUUGUGGGGUAAGAAUACUGGUUUAUGUGGUUUGCAUCUCAUUGUUUGGGAUAAGGUUAUAUUGCCUAAGGAUGACGGUGGUUUGGAUAUUAAAGAUUUGAAUAUCAUGAAGUCUGCUUUGCAGGGUAGGAGGAUUCUAUAGUAUUUGAAUAGGUCUAAUGGUCUUUGAAUCGAUGUGGGUAGGACUAAAUAUGGCGACAUUGAUCCUUGGAAUAUUCACUAUUCCGUAAGGAUAGCUAGAGCUUGAGGUUUUUUUACGGGCCUUGAGAAAUUAUGGAAUGGUUUUCCUAAAUUCGUGAGUAGUGGAUCUUCUAUUAGUGCUUUUAUCAAUCUAUGAAUUCUGAAUACUCCUUUUUGUUAUACACCAUCACUUUGUGAUGUUUUCGAAUUGCAUGAUACUUGUAUGGUUUCUGAUCUAUUGAUAGAUAGAUGCUAGAAUGUGGAUAAGUUGAACUAUUGAUUUGGGAAUGUUUUGACUAGUGUUAUCUGCCAGAUUGAUGUAUCUCUUGUGCCACUUGAUGAAUUUUGACUUUGGCAGUCUGAUGCGAAGGGUGUGAUUUCUGCUAAAUCUGCCUACAAGUAUUUGCAUUGCCAGGUGGGUUUGUCUAUUGGACAGGAGGAGGGCUGGCGGUGUUGUUUGUGGAGGCUGCCAGUAUUGCCUAGAAUCAACGGUUUUUGCUGGAAGCUUCUGCACCGCCGCCUCCCUAUGUCUGAUAGACUUGCUCGCCUGGUAGUAUGCAAUGCUGCUUUGUAUCCUUUUUGUUUGUUGGAAUCUGAAUCUAUCUCUCGUAGCUUUUUCCUUUGUAAUUUUGCGGCUGAUUUAUGGAGGACAGUGGAACAAUAACUUGAGCUGAGAUUUAUAUCCUAUAAUGAUUGGCCGGAGGUUGAUGUUGGGCGAAAGAGGGGUUGUUGUUGGGUGACAACGCUGGAUUAGUGUUUGUGUCUAUUGUUGCUACUACCCUUUGGUGGUUGUGGAGGGCUAGAAAUGAGGCUGUUUUCAAUCAGAAAAACUUUCCUUUUUUUUUAUUUUUCAGAAAGUAGUAGCUUUAAUCUCGGCUAGUGGCGAGGCCAAAAGACAUGAUGGCAUUAUUGAAGGUAGGCGAAUUGGGAUUUGUCCUAAGAGAUGACGCUGGUAAUGCUAUUGUUGAUGCAUGCAGGGUGGUGGAGCUGCCGGAUAUCUUGUACUGUAAGGCUGCUACGGUUAGUGAUGGACUCAAAACUGAUUGAUAAAUCUUGGUGAAGAUUCUAUGGAAGAGGAACCCAACUCUCCUUGGGGGCUUUAGGCAAUUGUAAUGCAUGAUAUUUGGGGCCUUCUUCAAAGUUUUGAUGUAUUUGUCAUUUCCCAUAUAGAAGAUAGGGAGGGAAACGAGGUAGCCAACCAGCUUGUCAAGAAUGUAAGGUCCACCAAAUCUUGUUGUAUUUGGAGAGGGGAGUGUCCCUCUCAGCAUGCCCAGUUUUUCUAUUUAUCUUACUUUUUGUAAUCGAAGAAGAGUUGCCAUCGUAAGUUUGAAACUAUUUGUAGCAAUUGUUUCAAUGUCUAGUGCUGCACCCAAACCAACUAUGUUAUUAUAGAACGAGCAACAUUCGAACCAUAAGCAUUUAUGUGCAUGGUGGUGGGAUUCUAUUCGAACAAGCAUAGUGGAAUCGUAUGAGGGUUCCACUAAUGGAUUGUUUCUCUUUUCCGAGUGAUCUAUUUAUUAGGUUUUUCUAUUUUUUUUUCUUAAUACAACACUUUAAACCGUCAACGUCACGUGCAUAGUGUAGUCUUUUAUUGGAAAAAUCAUAGUGGUUGCGUAUGAAGCAAAAUCCACCAGCAAAAGCACCGACCACCGCCGGUUCUCCUACCUGAGGUGAUUCUCCUACCUUUCACACUGGUAUGCAUUGUUUCUUAUUGUCUUUCUUCUGUGUGUGUUCAUGUGCAACAACAAGUUGUGUUUUGGAAAAGCAAGUCUUUUACUUCAUAUUACUGAAACUGUUAGAAUGUGUCUUAUUGGCCAACCAACCUACUCUAUUCCACAUGUGGCUGAAAUGCUCUAUCCACUAUCUUAGGGAAGCCCCAGGAGAAAAUAAAUGAUAGAAUAUGCCAACCUACUACGGUUCCUCUAUUAUGUAUAUAAGGCGCUUGGGAUAGGCAUCGGACAAUCGAUCCGAUCCUUCUUCAUACAUGUGAUAGAAGAUCGUAGCGGUGACAAAAAUGAUCGCCGCGCUGACUGUUUCUUUUGUAAUUCUAUUGAUAGAAUUUUCUGUUCAAGCCCAAGGUGGGUUGCAGAAGGGGUUCUAUUCUUCCACCUGUCCCAGAGCGGAGGAAAUCGUGAGGUCAACUGUCGAGAAGUACUUCAACAGCGACUCCACCAUCGCCGCAGGCUUGCUGAGACUGCACUUUCACGACUGUUUUGUGCAGGGUUGCGAUGGAUCAGUUUUGAUCUCCGGGGCUUCUGCGGAGCGAAGCGCGGUGCAAAACCUUGGGUUGAGAGGAUUCGAAGUUGUGGACGAUGCUAAAUCGGAGUUGGAGGCAACGUGCCCGGGAGUCGUCUCUUGUGCCGACGUACUUGCAUUAGCUGCUCGUGAUGCUGUGGAUCUGAGUGAUGGACCGAGCUGGUCGGUGCCGUUGGGAAGAAGAGAUGGUCUGGUUUCAUCAGCUUCAGAUGCCACGAGUUUACCGUCGCCGACCGAUUCCGUAGCUGUGCAGAGACAAAAGUUUGCUGACAAAGGGUUGACGGAUCAUGAUCUCGUAACGCUAGUUGGAGCGCAUACCAUUGGUCAAACGGCUUGUGUGUUCGUCCGGUAUCGGCUCUACAACUUCACAGCCACCGGUAACGCUGAUCCUACAAUCAAUCAAGCCUUCUUGGGACAACUUCAAACGAUCUGCCCCCAUGAUGAUGGCGAUUUUUCCAACCGAGUCGCCCUCGACAAAGGCAGCAUGACUAAGUUCGACGCGAGCUACUUUAAGAACGUGAGGGAUGGCAACGGAGUGCUGGAGUCGGACCAGAGACUCUGGGAAGAUGACGCAACCCACGACAUUGUCGGCAACUAUGCCGGAAACUUACGCGGCCUCUUGGGUCUGAGGUUUGCCUAUGAGUUUUCUAAGGCCAUGAUCAAGUUGAGCAGCGUUGGUGUCAAAACGGGGACAGAUGGACAGAUCAGAACGACAUGCUCAAAAUUCAAUUGACAAGUGUACACAUAUAUAUAUAUAUAUAUAUACACUGAACUGAACAGAGACCGCUUUCAAAUGUCUGAAGAAAGUAUAGUGAAGAGGAGACUGGUCCCCGUUGGAGUGGGAUAUGAACUGGGUGGGUAUCAUAUUACAUGUUGACCAAUAAAUUUGUAUUAUAUUAAAACGAUAAUAAAUAAAGUUUCCCCUAC